UCCUAACUCUUGAUCUUCAGUUGAGCUGAAACAAAUACAGUUGCUUUUUCUUUCUGUCUUUUUUAGCUUUAUUGCAAACUCUAAAAAUCUAGAAGCAGUGGAAUAUGUUUUCUCCGUUUGUUAGGACAUUUUAUUGAGGCUUCGAACAGGAUGUGUACAAUUUGACUGUGGAAUCUUCCGUCUGUGGCAUUUCUUUUAAGAGACACGUUUGCUUUGAGCACAUUCUUUGAGACUUAACAGUAACAAUGGACCAACCAAGAAGACAUCUGAAAAAACUGAAAAAGAGACGUUCAAGUCUUUUCGCAAGCGCCAAACUCAACGCCAGCUUUUCACAGAGUAUCGAGGAAGAAGAGAGUGCCUUUCCUUUUUCACAAGACAGCUCUGUGAAACCUUGGACUUCGAUGGAUAACCUCGAUACUCCGUCACCUCAGAAGACUGAUAGAAGAGAGCAAGAAAAGAGGAAAAGCAGUGAGGUCGAAGCGGCGAAGAUGCCACACCGCCAUUCAACUGUGAUCAAUGUUAAUGUAGGUGGGAAAGUCUUCACAAUUCCCAAACACCUGGCUGUCCGAUACCCUAAAACCAGAAUAGGAAGCUUAGCCCUGUGCAAAGACCCCAUCAAGCAGCUCAAUCUCUGUGAUGACUAUUGCGUGCUCACCAAUGAGUUUUUCUUUGACCGAGAUCCGACUUUCUUCCACUACAUCUUUCACUUUUAUUGUAGCAAUGUAUUAUGGGUAAUGGAGAGUCUUUGCCCUGUCAACUUUGAGGAAGAGAUGCAGUUUUGGGGUUUACAUUUGAGGGACACUCCUCGAUGUUGCCGGAUUCUCUACGAGGAGAAAAUAGAUGAAAUCAGAGAUCAGCUGAAAGUGAACAGGGAGCUUAUGGCGGAAAUCGAGCCUAGGCACAGCGAGGAGGGUUUCAAGAGUAUGAUUUUAGGUAAUGUUCGUAAGGUGCUAUGGGACCUGAUUGAGAACCCAUACUCCUCGAUGUCCGCUAAGGCCUUUGCUGUGUUCUCAAGCCUUUUUGUGCUCAUCUCCAUAGUGGCAAUGACUCUUAAUACUGUGAGCGAGCUGAAAGAUUAUAAAGUCUAUGGCAGAACCUACAUGGAGUGUGUGGAGAUCACCUCCAUUCUCUUCUUUACCUUUGAGUACUUCCUUCGCCUGCUGACGACUUGCGACAUUAAGCAUUUUCUGAAGAGUGCACUUAAUUUUGUAGACUUAGUGGCUGUCAUGCCCUACUUUAUCCAGCUGGUUUUUGAGGCUUUUGCAGACCAGGAGGAUCUCAGUGUCCAAGAUGACCUGAAAACAAUGGCGAGGGUUAGCAAAGUUAGCAAAAUACUUAAAGUUGUCAAACUCAUGCGAAUCUUUCGCAUUCUGAAACUGGCGAGGCACUCGACGGGCAUGCGGGCAUUUGGUUUCACUCUUCGCCAGUGUUUUGAACAGGUCUGCUGUCUGUUUCUCUUCAUCAUCAUGGGGAUCUUCACCUUCUCCGCCCUCAUGCACUCGGUGGAGCAGGACGUGGCAGGAACACCGUUUAGCAGUAUACCAGAUGCCUGGUGGUGGGCAGCGGUGAGCAUUUCCACUGUUGGAUAUGGAGACGUGGUGCCCAUAUCUUACUCAGGUCGAGUGGUAGCCUUUGGCUGCAUUUCCUUUGGCAUCAUUUUAAAUGGAAUGCCAAUUUCCAUCCUGUUCAACAAAUUUUCUGACUAUUACGCCAAGUUAAAGGCUCAGGAGUGUACAAACGCAAACAUCCAAAGAGGCCUGAACCUCAAGAAAAGACUGCGGAAGAAAUUCGACAACUGCUUCGAGCCUCAAACCGAGGAGUCUGAUGGGGACAGCAGGCAUCACACCGGCCAGUGUCAACACUGACUAUCCAUGUCAGUCAUUCUGCCUUCACUCCCCUUGAACAGUGAGCCCAGGUUCCCAGCCUGCCUUGAAUGAAACAGGGAUUUAAUGGGUGAAAUCCAGGUUAAAGGACGUAAGGCCAUUAGCAUUAGGGAGGCUUACAAAUGGCUUGUACAUUUCUGUUCAUUUGUCUCAUCAGUUGUAUGUUAAAUAGGGCCAUUAUAAUGUCUGUGAUUCUGGAAAGAGGAUAGAAUCUACUGGAAUGUACUGUAUAAAA